GCGCGUCACCGCGUCUUGGUGGUACCCGCUUUCCAGCAAUAUUUCGCCAUGAGAUGUCCAAAAGCAUACGGCUUCCUCUGCGACAUCGGAUAACUUUCCUUCUCCCCUCCCCGGUUCUGCCAUGAAAUCGCGACCUCCUAGAGGCACGGAAAGGUCCCCAGUUGCAACCUACCUAGUACCUGGGAUCCAUAUCCCGUCCUUUUGGCCCAUUCCGUCGGGAAUCUGGCAUCUCUCUCUCCUUCUGUCAGUCAUCAAAAGUCCGGCCAACAAACCCUCUAUCUUCAGACAUAGCACUUGCUGUCGUCCGAUGCUUCCCUACGAGCCCUUGCAGUCCUCUGCUCGAACAAUGACGGCACCAUGUGGCAACCAGAAGUCUGGCGAGGUUGUGGCAACCCGGAGGCAGGGUGUCCCAGCUUGAGCCAUUGCGCAUCUGCUGUUGCUGGUUACGUUGGCGCCUUUCGGCGUUUUGAAUCGUCAACAGAGCGAAGGACCGCAUGAACAGCAUUCCCGGGACGAAAGGGGGCGAUGCUCGAAUCUCGCCCCUAUCCGAGUUUCCAAGUGGAAGAUCAUCCCGCAUUUUGUUUACCUGUUGGCUUCCCGUGGACUUCCGUAUUCCUUUUCAGUUUCCCGGUUUUGCCCCUCUUGGUGCUGAGGCUCACCAUAAGCAUCACAGUCCUAGCUGCUGCUAUCCCCCAAAGGUACACCAGCUUCCAUUCUCAUGCUUUACCAUUACCCACGGCCGCCAUCUGUGGCAUCCUGACGGCGAUUUCUCCUUUUUACAGUUUACCUUACAAAGAUACCUGGGCACAAUGGAACUCACCAUGGAUAUUGCCCAACUGGUGGCUCAGAUGCAGGAUACACUGUCCACCAUCCACACCACUCUCGCCUCUCUCAACACCGCCGAACACGAUGCGAAGCUUGACGAGCUGGAAGCCAGGCGUGAUAAUACCAUCAAACAUUUGCUAGCCGCCUUUUCUGCCGAGUCUGAGGUCCUGCACCAAAAGAGACUGGCUCAGCGUGAAGAGAUCGCCGAGCGCCGCAGGAUCGAAGACGAGGAGCGGGAAAGACGGAGGCGCCAAGAAGAUGAAGAGCUGGCAGAAAAAGACAAGCAAGAAGAUGAAGCACGGGAUGGCAGGCUUCUGCACGAGACAAAUGAAGUGGAAGAGGAAACGGACCACCUUAUGAUUGAGAUUGAGGAGGAAGCCCAGAGGGCCAUUGAUGAGGGGCAGAAGAAGUUGAUGGGCCUGGAAGAACGGAGAAAGGAGCUCAACCACCUCAUCGAGGAGCAGCUGAGGGCACCAAUCAUCCCUUCUCCACCCAAGAGAUCGAGGCGAGGCAGCAACCUGCCGCCAGCUGUGGCUACACCAAGUAAGCCACCGGAACCUGUGGCCCUCGAAUCUCUCAAUAAUGACGGUGCAAAGGCUCUUGAGCCCGAGGACAUUUCUACGAGCAGACACGAUGAGAUCACCGAGACAGCCCACAAGUCGCCGACCAUUCCGCAGGCGGACAUGGUCAAAGAGUCGACUCUGAACACAGAUGUCAACAGCCAGAUGCAAGCUAGCCCCACCAAUGAUAGCAGACCGACAUCUCGUCAGGACCGGCCUCUAUUUGUCCAGCCGGUGAUUUCGCGAUCUGGGACCAUCAUCCACGCUGACCAGCUUGAGGAGACGGCACGUGCUCCUGUCGAGCCCAUUGGUAUUCCCAAUCGAAACACCGAUUCACCUGAUCCUUUGGACAGCUCGAAGCCCGAUGUAACCUGGUGGGAAAACAAGAGAAGAGAAGAGGCAGAGCGUGCCCUGCACCAUCCAGCGACUCCAAGCCCCUCAUCUUCACAUAACGAAGCCGAGGACACCGGAGCCCCAUCACAGUUGCCAGCUGAACAUGGAGUCAAAGAUGCCGAUCAGCCCAGCUCUUCCCAGGCAACACCUGGCGCGAGUCGCCAAGCCGUGGAGAGCGGCGAUGUGACCCAGCCCGCCGAAGAGACACCCGCGAUGCCGCAAUUGGAUAUGGAUCAGGCUUUGUCCAACGAGACAACACGUGGAAGGAGCCAAACAAGUGUCGAUGUUAUCGCCGCGGUAACGAAAGCGGCCAGUGUCGUCUCUGACAGCGCAUCCGAGUACGAUUUGUCUACGGCCGACCAUCCGACCGAAACAACCGUUGAAGGUGAAAAACCUCAGGCUUUACAGAAUCUCAAUGUGCCCGAACACGAACACGGUCCCGAGGAGGCGCCGUUGCCAUUGAGCGCUACCGGUGACUCCUUCGACGCGGCAGGGGAUAUGUCCUUCGAGUCGGCGCAUGAGCAGCCUGUCAGACUAGCAUCUGCUAUCUCCGAUCAUACGCGGUCUCAUGCCGGCGAGCACAUCUCUUUUGCUGCCGAUGAAGAACAGAACACUCACAAUGCUUCUUCUGAGCUCACCGAGGCCAGUGUUACUCCCGAACAUCACGGCUCCGAACUCUCCGUCAACGGGGACGCCGCUUCCUCCGUCUCAUCGUACCACAAUCAGCCGAGUAUUGAGUACCGCACGACAUCAGACGAGCCGCCCGCAGUUGGAGUUCCAGAAGGUAUGGACGACUCUUGUUCCUUGACUGAUACCUCCGAGUAUUGCCAACACGAGGAGGUUUCUAACAGACACCACCCACACCGCCCUCCGCUCGUCCAUUCAGAGUCGUACACGGGAGAUGAGGGGGAUGAUGUCGAGGUUGACAUUCCGCUGCAACGAGUGCCUUCCCACCAACCGCCUAGAGAAGAGUUCGGGCAUGAGGAGGUUGAAAACGAUCAAUAUGCCGUCUCCGACCAUGAAACAGACGUAUGUCAUGCUCUAGCGCCGGUCUCACAGGAACAAGAGCUGGAUGAACACCCACACACCCCAUCUCUCCAGGUAAUCCGCGAGGAUGAGGUCCUAGAUUCUACCGUCGAGGAAACGGUGGCUCCAGAACCACAGCAGCAUGGAGCUGUAGGCCUUGGGACCGAAGACAGCGCUCACGCAGAAAAGUCCAUUGUGGAACAUGACUCCCACCACGGCAGCGAGCUCGAUCAUGAGGAAGACGUGCCAGCGCUCUCAUCUUCCUCUGACCAUGGUGACCAUACCCAUUCCUCCUAUGACGACGGCUCACACCUUGAAGACAACUACGCCCAACCCGAACCCAUCACGCCCAACCCCCUCAUCCUGCAGCCCUUUCGGACCGGCGACGGCGGCGAUCGAGGAUCGCCUGUUCGUGACCGAGACGUACCGAAGCUCCCGGAUGACGUCGGUCGACACGGAGAGGGAGAUGCUGAGCCCGGUGUCAAUGGUGCUGGAGGACAACCUGAUGAUCAGGCCCAUCUCGGAGUACUUCGAGACGAUGGCUAUGUGGGAGGGGGAGCAACGGAAGGAGCAGAGGAGAAGGCCGAGGAGUCAUUAGUUCCUGGGGCAGAGCAUGUCAGUGACGCUGCUCUACCGCCGGCCGGGCUGCAGAACGAAGAGGCUGCGGACGACCAGCUGCGUCGUGCUAGUCAAGUGUCGAAUGAGUCGGUUGAGAUGGACGCUGCGUAUACGACUACAGUGAAUGGGGAGGGCGAGCUGUUUGAUGAUGAUGAUGAUGAUGACGAUGACGAUGACGAUGAUGAUGAUGAGGGUGAUGCGGAAAGCGAUGUCAGUGACAUUGAGGAUGCUUAUCUCAAUGAGGAGGGUGUCGUCGAUGCUGUCGUUGCGGCAAUGGGACCUGAGCCUGAAGAUCAAGAGCACACUGAAAAGGAUGCUGCCACAGUGAAGACCUCAGUGGAUGAGGUUGCUGAGGUGCCUACCGAGGUAUCUGCUGAGGCACCUGCCGAGCUUCAAGCUAUUGUUGCAGCUGAUGCUUCAGUUCAUACUUCGACUGAUAUUCCCCUUGAUACCGUCCUCGACCGUCCAGUUGGGCCAACUGUCGAAAUGCCAGAACCAAUGGCAGCACAGGUUGAGGCUGGGGCUCACAUCCAGGUGUCAGACGAGACGCCAUUCGCGACACCAAUGGAAGUGCCAGGUCAAGCUGAGCCUAAGGCCCAGGUGCUAAAUACCAUGGGGGAUUCGGACGGCACACCCGCUGUCUCGGCUACCGUCCCACCAGUUGAGACUCCAGAGCCAGAUCAUCCCCGGACAAGCCCCAACUGGGUCAACGAAGCUGACAACUACUUUGCUGAACUGGAUCAAAGACAGGAGACACCCAGGCUUCAGUUCUUUGAGCAACAGCGAACCGAUGUAAAAACUUCCUUAUCAUCAGAUUCACAGACAGCCAGCCAAGGACUCUCAGCCAGCAUUCACAAUCCUGAUCGCCCUCAAACACCCGACCAAGACACAGAGUUUGCUUACCAGGAACACCGAUCAACACAUCUCCAUAACCAAGAGCAACAACAAUCUUCGCCGCAGUCCGUCCGCAGCCAAAGCACCAUCGAUUCUGCGCCUCCAUCGCCCGAACAACACACCGUGACAGACACCCACGUCCCAGUCAUCCGUGGCCUUGUCUCCACCCAGUCACCCAGCUACCAAACCGGCCGGCCACGGAACAACUCCCAUCUCAACGAGUACGACCAUCACCGCGAUGAAUCCGAGGACACCCCAUUAGCUAAAUGGCGGCACCGAGAAUCCACCCUUUCCAUGCCCGACCAACCACCUGUUGCCCCCCUUGAUACCGCUCACUCAAGCAAGCACUCCCACGCCAGCAGCGAAUCCGGCGACCAAAAAGGCGGCAGCCUCUUCCAGCGCAUGCGCAACGUAUUUGAGCAACAAUCCCACGCCUCCGACAUCAACACCUCCCGCUCGUCCCAAUCUCGCCCCAUCAGCACCGAGCGUCACGGCGGAGGGGGAGGCGGCGGGGGCGGUUCUGGACUCUGGGGUUCCGGCGGGCCUCUCUCCGGUCGUUUCGGCAAGUCCUGGUCUUCGUCAUCGAACGAGCACCAUCACCACAGGGACUACCACCACUCUCCCUACACCGAGGCGGGGCACUCCCCUGUUCGUGGCACCGAGGGCGAUCAUGAUGCGUUGGACGAACGGAGUGGCUUGUUGGGUGGAAGGGAAGAUCUAAAUUGA